GCUCGCGACUGUUUGUUGAUAAAGUGUGCGUCCCUAACUCUUUAUAUACAGCAUUUCUCUUUAAUGAUAACUUAUGUUUUUGUACUUUUCAGUUGAAACCGAGAAGAUGGUCAAGACUAAGCCUAGAUUUGGCGCUAUACCUACUUUAAAUAUGCCUAAGAAGUCGCAUCAAACUGAACCAGUGAAGACACGAGCUGCAAGAUCGGUAGUCAAAGAUGUCGCUCCUGAACAAAAUGCCAAGUAUUAUAAAAGCUUCAAAGACUUGGUAUCAAGACUAAAGGCCUUGAAAUCCAUUAAAGAUUGGACUCUAGAAGAACUGAGCGAUAGGAUUGUGCUAAAGAAAGUCACGACUGCUCUACUACCUGAACUUCAGAUAAUGAUCGAUGACAGCUUGGGCUUCACUAUCUCUGUGUCUGGAUGGCUACUGCCUGACGAUCAUGAACUUUAUAUGAAAACGUUGAGAUCUGUAAGGAAUAUUACAGUAUCUGAACUUAUUAAGAGUACAGAAGUGUUGUUUGUUUGCCCUGGUGUUAAGCCAACUGCUUCUUUUAGUGAAUUAAGACACCAUGUUAUUUCAAAGCCAAGAGAUCCCUUGUUUGAUUCUGAUGAUGGCGAAGAUUCAUUCCCAUGCAAAGAGUUUUGGAGAACUUGUAAUUGUUCUGUUUUGUGCGAAACAGAUGAUCAGUGCCCAAGCUGUUGUAGUUUUCAACAUAAGCAAACACUUUCUGACAAUGCAAAAUGCCGAAAACUAGCUGAACCAGCACAUCUGUUUGCACCUGUUUCAAAAACAUCUCCUCAAAGAAUUAUGGCGACAUUACAACUUCAAAGACUUAAAUGUGCUGAACUUGAAAAGCAGCUUUACAACAUGAGAUGUGAAAUCCAGAAAUCCAGUCUUAAAGUUGAUGAUGAACUGAGUAGGGACAUAACUUCGAUACUCAGCAAUUCAAGUGAGAAUAUCACUCCAUUUAUGAAUCUCUUUUGGCAGGAACAAAAAAAGAUCUUAUCUGCCAGUACCACUGGAGUGAAGUAUCAUCCUAUGAUAGUUCGCUUUUGUUUAUCACUUGCUGCAAAAUCCCCUUCUUGUUAUGAGGAAUUGCGUAAGAGUAAGAUCUUAAGGCUGCCAAGCCAAAGAACACUAAGAGACUAUAGGAACUGUAUUCGCCCACGCACUGGAUUCCAUGAGGAUGUCAUUGAGGAGCUAAUUGUACAGUCACAGAGCUAUUUUGAUGUCCAAAGAUAUGUGGUGUUGCUCUUUGACGAAAUGAAGAUCACCUCAAACCUGGUUUUUGACAAAUUCACCGGAGAAUUAAUUGGGUUUGUUGAUCUCGGAGAUCCUGAUGUCAACUUUGCAAGCCUAGANCUCCUACCAAACAGAAGUGUUGAUCCAGCUAUUCAAGCUAAGAACUUAUCAAUCGAUGGAGUCUCUGAGAAAUCCUUCACUUACAAUGAACUUAGUACAUCGGUGAAAAAGUUUGCUUCAGCACUAACAAGAAGGGGUUUUCAGAAAGGAGACGUUUUUGCUCUCUACCUUCCAAAUGUCCCAGAGUACCCUGUUUCAUUUUUUGGAGUCAUCGCAAUUGGUGGGACAGUUACAACUUUAAAUCCUACCUUCACAGAAAAGGAGAUUGCUUACCAGCUUCAAAACUCUGGUGCUAAAUUCAUUCUGACUGUACCUGAGAUCGCAGACAAAGCUAGACAAGCUGCAACAGAGGCAGGAAUUAAGGAAGUGUUUGUGAUUGGUGAAGCAGAAGGGUGUGAACCAUUGGCAUCUCUACUCAGUGAUGAUGGAAUGGCCUUCCCAGAUAAUGUUGCAAUUAAUCCGAAAGAAGACAUCUGUGCUAUGCCGUAUUCUAGCGGAACCACAGGUUUCCCUAAAGGAGUUAUGCUCACUCAUCAUAACAUAGUCUCACAAUUGUGUAUUCUCAUGCAUGAGAAUUUUAUGUCUCAACCACAAGAAGCUACAACUCUUGGACUUCUGCCCUUUUUCCACAUAUUUGGCAUGGUGGUACUAAUGCUACAACAUCUUUACCGUGGAGGUAAAAUUGUCUGCUUGCAGAAAUUUGAGGGAGAGCACAUGCUAAAGCUUAUACAAGAUUGCCAGAUACAUGUUUUGUAUCUUGUGCCACCCAUUGUUACAUUCUUGGCGAAGCAUCCCUCGGUGGAUGACUAUGAUCUAAGCAGUGUGACUACCAUCAUCAGUGGUGCUGCACCAUUAGGACUAGAACUCACCAAUGCAGUUUGGAAACGUCUUCCAAAAGUGGCAGUCGUUGGUCAAGGAUACGGUCUAACAGAAACAAGCCCAGCUGUAAUGCUUUGUCCAAGAGAGGAUUGCACGCCUGGUGCUGUGGGUGUUAUGCUACCAAACAUUGAAGGGAAAGUUGUUGAUGUCCAGACAGGCCAACCUCUUGGCCCAAAUCAAAAUGGGGAAGUCUGCGUUAGAGGCCCUGUUGUUAUGAAAGGCUACUUGAAUAACCCUAAAGCAACAGAGGAGUGUAUAACUCCCGAUGGAUGGUUCCACACUGGAGACAUUGGUUACUAUGACCAAGAAGGGCAUUUUUUCAUUGUAGAUAGAUUGAAAGAGCUCAUUAAAUACAAAGGAUUUCAGGUUCCCCCAGCAGAACUGGAAGCACUUCUCCACACACAUCCAAAUGUUCUAGAUGUUGCAGUGGUGGGAAUUCCUGAUGAGGAAGCAGGGGAACUCCCUAAGGCAUUCAUUGUCCCAAAAGGAGAUAUAACUGAGAGAGAAAUCAUUGAAUAUGUUGCUGAUAGAGUUUCUCCACACAAGAAACUUAGAGGUGGUGUGGAGUUUAUUGAACAGAUUCCCAAGACAGCCAGUGGGAAAAUAUUGAAACGGGAAUUGAAGAAAUAGUGACAUUUUGGAUUAUUCUUAAUUUGUUAUGUAGUUAUAACAUUAUAAUUAAGUGUGAAUAAUAGUUGUUUGUAGGUGCUGUAGAUAAUUUUCCAUAUGCUUUUAUCACUUCUAAAAUUAUUAUUUUUCCAGCCCAACCUUUGAAUCCAUAACAUUUAUCAUACAAAUUUAUCAUGCAGAGUAAAACACCUCAUAAAGGAAAAAAGGCCAGCAUGUGUUACAGACACAAGUGAAAGGAUUUCACUGUAUAUCCCAGUAGUUGUUACAAAUACAUGUAUUUCUGCAGGAAAACAAAAUAAUAGGAAACUGCCUUGAAAUAUAAUUUUUUUUAGUGUUGUAAUUAAAAAGUCUCUUCUAGAUUUUAUUUGGAGAGAAUCACAAAAAGGGGCUAUAGGACUUUAUUGUCCAGCAUAAGUCACCCACAGAAGGCUUGUAGUACUCCCAUAGGAAGAGAAAUGCAGGUAGUCAGUCACUACGAAGUGCUGGUAAUGUAUGCUUUCAUCUGGUGAUGAGUAUAAGGGUCCACAUUUACCAUAGCUUAGGUCCCCUCAAACCAUGCUAACUUGGCUAUGUAACUGGGCCUGCAUCGCAAAUUUUAGAGUGGGGGGCCAAAAGAUGAGUGCAUGAGCCUCAGCCAAUAGUGCUGAAGUGGGAAAGGGGAUAGUUAAGGCCUCCCCCUCAGCCCCUCCCUCAUGUAAACUUAUGCAGGGAAAAACUGAGAAGAAAGUAAGAAGAAACAAAUAAAGGGAAGAUCAUUUUCAUCAUAGCCAAAGGGUAUUUGCCUUGAUCCAAAUUUGGUGAUACUGAAGAAAAAAAAAGCUAAUAGAACAGUAAAAUCUAAUGUAACAAAAGAAGCUGUUACCAAGUUACUAUUACUGUUAUUACGGAUGCCCUGAUUGGUUAAAAACCUAUUGUUUACUGCACAGCUACACCCAUAGAAAAUUGUUUUUCUUUUUUAAGUUUUGUUUUAUAAAGCAUCAGACUGCACUUACUGACCCACAUGGGAUGUUGGGAGAACACUCGCAAUGUUUGCAAAUCACUUCCCUUCAGCUCAUGAUUUACAAAAUGUUACCAGCAAACCCACAGUGACUUCAACUAAGUUGAAAUUGUAAAUUAGCCACCAUAAAGAGUUAACAGUGAGUGCAGUCUAUUGUUGAACUAUGUUAUCCAUGACAGUGUAUGUAGAAAAGCAAUAAUGUUCAUCGAUAAUUAAUUCAUUGCAUGACGAAUCUCUUUGACAAUAUAUUCAGCUAACAAUCAA